UCUGGGGUGCCGUCACUGUCGGGUCAUGCCAGCCACAGUAGACGUUGCCUGUGCGGGGAGGUGGCGGCUGUGCUGCGCUGAAGUUGUGUGUCCCAUUGAGCUCGGGGCUAGCUGUUGUAACUGUGAGCCCUCCCUUCCUGGCGACAGCUAAGGUGAGCUGCGCAGGAGAAAGAAGGGAUCCUGCCAGCUGGCAGGGCUGCAAUGAGGUCUUUGGGCAUUUUACUGCCCAGAAUUGUGCCGGCAGACAGUCAUGCAGUGUCACCAUAGGCAGAAGCGAGCUGCAGCUCUGCCUAGGCUGUGGGGCACUGUCUGGUCUUGGCUGAGCACUGGGGGAGGUGGGGAUGCUAGGAAAUGGGUUUCUCUGAUGCUCCUUAUUGCUUAAUUUAAAAUACAACAAACAUUUUCCUGGAGUACUGAGUUUUUACUUACCUUGGGUGAGGGCAGGCAGUUUGAUGCAGAUAUGAGUGUGCUCUUGCGAGGUCCAGGGCUUGUGGCCCAGGAGUGCUAACUGCUGCUGCUUGUCAAGGCCUGGACCCUUCCUCUCUCUUGAGGUGUGUUGGCACUGCUGCUGUCUGCUGCUCACUGAGAGAGCUGUUCCCUGGGCUGCUUCCCUCGCCCAUCCCAAAUGUGAACACAUCACAGCCAGCACGGAGAAAGGCCUCCUCUUGUCUUCAAGGCGCUUGCUUCUGCCUUCUGUUCUUUUGUCCAAAAAAGAAGCAGCCAAACCAAAACGGACAAAGAACUUGUGCUCAUCUAAGAAGGCAGUUCUGGAGUCUCAGUCACCUCUUUUCUUCCCGAGAUCCUGGGUGUGGGCUGGAUUUUCUGCCCUCGACUUCAGGGGAUUAGCUACAGGAUAUCAGGAUCUUGGAUACUUUCAAUUUUUGUUUUUACUUGAACCCUUUCAACCGAGAAGCUGAAGCUGUCACCGCUAAAAUCCCGGUUUUUUUUCCCAAGCAUGUCAGAAAGCUGGCAGCAGCAACAGCAGCAACCACAACAGCCGCCACCACCGCAGCAGCACCACGCUGGGGCAGCCACCCUCCCAGAGCACUCCAUCCCACCCAGCACUGCUGAAAACCCCUUGGGUUGUGCCGUCUACGGCAUCCUGCUCCAGCCGGACCCUGGUCUGCAGCACCACCAGCACGCCCCCAUUCAGGCUGGAGAGCCAUCUCACAAAUGUGGUGUGUGUGGCCACGACCUCGCUCAUCUCUCCAACCCCCAUGAGCACCAGUGCUUGCCAGGCCAUGACCGCUCUUUCCAGUGUACCCAGUGCCUGAAGAUCUUCCACCAGGCCACGGACCUCCUCGAACACCAGUGCAUCCAGGUGGAGCAGAAGCCCUUUGUGUGUGGCGUCUGCAAGAUGGGCUUUUCCCUCCUGACCUCGCUGGCGCAGCACCACAAUGUCCACAACGGCAACGCCAUGAAGUGCUCUAUCUGUGAGAAGACCUACAAGCCUCCAGAGGCAGAGCAUUCGCAGCCUAUUGACCCCUCGGAGAAGCCCUACAGCUGCUCCAUCUGUCAGAAAACCUUCAAGCACCUCUCGGAGUUGUCCCGACAUGAGCGCAUCCACACAGGUGAGAAGCCGUACAAGUGCACGCUGUGCGACAAGAGCUUCAGCCAGUCAUCCCACCUGGUGCACCACAAACGGACACACAGCUCAGAGCGACCCUACAAGUGCACUGUGUGCGAGAAGAGCUUCAAGCACCGCUCCCACCUGGUGCGCCACAUGUACGCACACUCAGGGGAGCACCUUUUCAAGUGCAACGUCUGCGAGCUGCACUUCAAGGAGUCAUCGGAGCUGCUGCAGCACCCCUGCACACCCAGCGGGGAGCGGCCCUUCCGCUGCGGUGAGUGCCAGAAGGCCUUCAAGCGCCCCUCGGACCUGCGGCAGCAUGAGCGCACACACAGCGAGGAGCGGCCCUUCAAGUGUGACCUCUGCCAGAUGAGCUUCAAGCAGCAGUAUGCACUCAUGCGCCAUCGCCGCACACACAAGGCCGAGGAGCCCUUCAAGUGCAACCUGUGCGAGAAGGGCUUCGUGCAGCCCUCGCACUUGGUGUACCACCAGCACGUGCAUGGCAUAGAAAACCUCUUCAAGUGCAACGUGUGCCAGAAAGGCUUCAAUCAAUCCUCAGAGCUGCUGCGGCAUAAAUGUGUGCAGAAUGCGGAGCGGCCCUUCAAGUGUGCAGUGUGCAACAAGUCCUACAAGCGGGCCUCAGCUCUGCAGAAGCACCAGCUGGCCCACUGUGCUGAGAAGCCACUGAAAUGCACGCUCUGUGAGAGACGUUUCUUCUCCUCCUCCGAGUUUGUGCAGCACCGCUGCGACCCGGCCCGUGAGAAGCCCCUCAAGUGCCCUGACUGUGAAAAGCGGUUCAAGUACGCCUCGGACCUGCAGCGUCACCGGCGUGUGCACACGGGUGAGAAGCCCUACAAGUGCCCCUCCUGUGAGAAGGCCUUCAAGCAGCGCGAGCACCUCAACAAACACCACAGCGUGCACGCUCGGGAGCAGCAGUACAAGUGCAUGUGGUGUGGGGAACGGUUUCUGGACUUGGGCCUGCUGCAGGAGCACAGCGUCCAGCACACGGCCGAGGGCGCCUACCAGGUGGCUGCCUGCUUGCCGUGAGCCUCUUGCCCCUCAGCGGCUUUCAGCUUGCAUGUGAUGCUCCUGAGCCUCGGACUCCCCUUCCCUGUCCUUGGUUGUAGGCAGCCUCCAGGGAGUUUGGGGGAAAGGUGAGGUACGGUGGGUGGGCAGGUAAACUUUCCUCUGGCCUCUGUGGUUGAUAUGCCCCCUAUACUGCAGGGGCGAUGGACAAUGUGGAAAUCUUGAAGGGGUGGAAAGGAGGGAGGUGGGGAGAGGAAAUGAUGCCUGUAGCUGCCUCGCAUCCCCUGGACUGUAGUUCACGCUGUACCUGCAGUUCCAGUGCUGGGAGCUCAGCUGCCCACUGUGGGCACCAGCCCUUCACAUGCGGCCUUUUUCCCCUGCCCUGCCUGGUGGGGUUGGCAGGGAGGGCUGGGUAGCCCUCCUCCCGGAGAGGGCUUGGGAGCAAGGCAGAGCCAGCCCUCCCUUUUCCCGGGGCGUGCUGCUUGGCAAGGAAGUAGCAGGUUUCCACUGCUGGGGUCUCCCAGCUUUCCUGGUCCGAGCUCAGUUGAGAGGACCAUUUCAGAUCGCUAGCGUUGAUUGACUGCCCCGACCUCCUCUGCUCUCCCUCUUUUCUAGAGUGUAGAAAGGGAAAAGCCAUGGGGCUUCACAGCUCCAAAAAGCACUUUGGCAUUGCUGCUUUUGCAGUUGCUGGCUGUCACACUCUGCAAGGGUUCUGAGUGAGCCUGCCCACCCCCUAUCCCUGUCAGCAGCGCAAGGAAGAGUAGCAGGCACUGCACUGCUACCGGAGAGCGUGGUGAGGAGAGCCUCUGUGCCCUACUGCUGGCUGAGAGCCUGGCAGUUAAGAGCUGCUUCCUGAGGGACCUAGCUCUCCUGCCAGACUUACCUCCAGUCCCCAGGCCCCUUCCCUCUCUGCACCACUUGGGCUGUUAGCGUACCUCCAGGGGGGUCAGGCAAAGGUCGUCCCAGCAGUUGGAACGCUAAGGGGUGAGAUGAACACUAGUAAUAACCUGCAACUUUGGAGGUGUUACCAUUGCCAGUGGUAACCCACCCCGUGGCCAGGGCCUUGGUGUCUGAUUUGCUGGGGGGAACCAGAGCGAGCCAGGAGAAUCCUUCCUGGCUGCAGGCCCUGCUCCGUGGGGAGGCGAAGCUGAGCAAUGGGUUAAGGGGAAGUGUAUUUUUUUCCCCUCUUGUGGGAGUCCUGUUUUACCCCUUUACUCUUUCUUUACCUCUUCUGUAUUUUUCAGGUUUUGCACAGUUCUUGUAAACAUCACUUAAAAAUAAAUUUCCCCUAGCAAGGUCGAUGCAGCCUCAGGUGUUUUCCUCUGCAGGAAUUUGCUGGCUUCUGAGGGACCUAUUACAUGCCAGUUAGAUGCUUUGGAGGUUGAAGGCAUGCUUACCUGGUUGCCCACCAGCCUUCCCCAUUAUGCCAUUGGAGAUAUUAGGAUGUUGAAUAUCCAUCUGUGGAGAUAUUCAAGCCCUAACUGGAUGUGGUCCUGGACGAGAUGCUGUAGCUGACCCUGUGUGAGCAGGGGGUUGGGCUGCAUGAUCUCCAGAGGUCUCUGCCAGCCUCAGCUCUUCUGUGAUCUUGGCUGGCCCUCGUAUGAGGUAGAAGUGUGAUGAGCUGUGAUUAGUGAACCACAGCCAGCAAGUUGCUCAUGUGCUGCACAGGUGUUUAGGACAAGUUCAAUAGACGCUGUCCAUGGCAAGUAUAGACAGAUGAACCUUGCAGAGAGUUGGGCUGUACUUGCGUUGCUUGUAGGGGAUGCCCAUUUAAAAGGUGGAGAAAGGCUUUCGUUUCCAUUUCCAGCACAGUGAGGGGGAACUGGGUGCAUUUUCGGGGGCUGGGACAGUUCAGUGACAGGUCUGACCCUGAGGCUGAGUCUUCUUCAUACGCAGCUUUAAAGAGAUUAAAGCAGACCUUGCUUUCUGCUGCCCAAGGAAGAGGGACUGAUGGUUAUCUUAUUUCAUGCUGCCUCAAAGAUGUAGAACUUCCUACUGAGUUUUCUGUGUUUCUUUUUCCUUUUUUUUAAGCAGUUUGUUAAUAUUCAUUAAAAAAUACUGUAUAGUUUAACUUGAUGUCAUACUGGAUCUUUUAAAAAAAAAAGAUGUGAUAAUUUGGAUUUUUAAAGAGCUCUUUGGUUCUAGGUAGCUGGUUUUUGCUGUUUAAUAUGUAGUAAGUUCAGUGUAUGCUUUACUGUAGGGUAUAAAUUAGUCUAAACCAAGGAAGGCUAAUCCUGUCUUUACAGAAGGGCUUGGUGGUGACAGAGGCUGUGAGCGUGGGGCUGGGGCCAGCCAGGGAGCGUGGCACCCACCUGAACCCCCGCUCUCUUCCUGCCUUGGGCCGCCACGGUUUUGUGUGAAGCAGCCCAGCGCAGCUGCCGCGGGUCCCACAGAGCCAGGGGUUCAGUGGUCGCCCUGACGCUUGAGCACUGCCGUGGCACCCAGGAUACCGGUGCCCAGAGCUGGGAGCUUGCAGAGAGGCUCAUCUUGAGUAGGAAGGUGUGAAAUGGAGGCUGCUGGAGCCUCCCGAGGCUUUUGUGGCUGUACUUCUUUCUGGCGCAGCUGCUGGUUAGGGGAGGGGCCCUGGACACAGCUCCACACCAUGUGCUGGCCACAGAAUGCCGUAUCAUGCCCAUUUGGUACCAGCUGGGCACAGGGACUGAUGGGGAGCGUUUCCCUUGUGCUGAGCAGCUGGGAAAGCCCUUGGUGUCCCAGCAGGGAGCUCUGGCUCUGCUUAGGAUGUGGCAGCAGCUAAGCAGUGCCCUAGGUAGAGAGAGCAUAGUCAGGCUCUGCAUUUGAGGCCUUGUGCCUGGGGGAGAGGGGAUGCUGCGUGGAACUUGGCAGGGACAAGCACAGGUCCAGUUCGUUAGCCAGUGCCUGUGAGUAGGUGUCUCCAGAUCUGAAAACAUCGUGAUGUGGCAUUAGAGUAUCAUUGAGUAGGUGGCCCCUACUUAAGAUGGUCCCUCCCGAAGGGUUGUUCUCUUUGGCAGGCAGCUUGAGCAUAGGAUGCUGCUGGGGAGGCAGCGGGGAGGGUUGGGCUGGCCGAAGAUGGCAUGGAUGUUGUCUGGGAGAUAAAUCUCGCUUUCUAGGGGUGCAGUUCCCCUGGCUUCCUGGGUCCAGGAAGCUAGUCUGUUACCUGGGCUUUUCUCUGAUUUUCACUUCCCCUUAACCCUACCUACAGGAUGCCUUUAUCUGUGUCUCAGCCCCUUCCCUUCCACAGCUGUUUUGCUUAUACCUUUGUAAGACCUUCUUGGCUUCUUUGCCCUUUGUUAAAUUCUUCAUUUGUAAGCAGUGGUUUGGUUUUCAUCCAUUUUUUCCAUUUUGAUUGCAAGGUCUCUUCCCCCUUUCCCCCCCAUCCCCUCACCCCAAAUUCCUCUCCCAGGCUGUGGCUGGAUCCAGGUGAUGCCAGACCACUGGUGAUGAGAUCAGGUGUUUGGGACCCAAAUGUUGCUGGAAUCCAGUGGGUGCUUCUGGUCCUUCCUGCCAUGAGGCUGUCCGUCUUGCUGGGCAUGGGCAGUGCCUGUGGCCUGGCAGCUUGGCUUGGCUGGAUCAUGUGUGUGGUACAGGUGGCUCUGGCAAGCAAGUCUGAGCCAGGACCAGGUGCCAGAGCAGAGCUGUAGGAGAUGGGCACUGAGGUGAGAGUGGCCAUUUCUGUGCUGAGUCCCUUUGCCACAUCUCCAGGGCUGGGAGUUAAGUCCGCAGAGGGCUGUGAGAUGUUCCUGGAGAGAAGUCGCAGCGCUGGAGUAGGGUCAGGCCCCCUAGUUCCCCUGGGAAUGUUUGCAGAGCAGCUGUGUGCAUCAGGCAGGUGGCUGAGCUGAGUUAGCUGUGUCAUGGACACCCCUGGGACAGUGGGUAUGUCGAGGCAGCCAUGCCAGCUCUCUGGGGAGCAGAUGCCACCCCUGCGGUCUGGGUGGGAAGAUGUGUGCACUCUGGUCUUGGGGCCCACGCGCUGGAGUGGGAGGCAAGGGGCAAACGGUCUUCUGGCAGUGAUUUGGGACCAUCUCUGGGCACUCAAGCCUGGCCUUGCACUGAUAAAAGGGAGAAGAGCACUUUCUAUGCUUCCCUGGGGUAUUUACCAUCAAGUCCAGGCUGCAGCUGGAGCCUGGCUAUUAAUAAUAAGCAAAAACCCCCUUGUUCUUCAGAGUUUGACUCUUCCUCCAUUGGGUGGCCAGUUCACCGGCAGGAAGGUUCCUGCACAUGCAGGCAUAAUGCUGAGAUGCAAUAACGGCAGGGCAGCCAGGUUCGGGAACGGCGGCUCUCCCCCAGGCCCCGGUGAGCACAGCUUCUCCCAGCUGCCAGGCUUUCUCUGCGGCACCUCCCAGCAGUCACCUCCACUGCUUUCUGGAUGUGAAGCUGCUGCUCUCGCAGCAUGCCUGGGAUGUUCAACAGGGAGAGCAGGACCCCAGGUGGGAGCUGGACGAUGGGCUUGUCUCUGAAUGCCUCUGAGCCGUGGAUCCAAGGGAUUUCAUGGCCACUGAAGUUCUCGGGCUUCUCCUAACCUGUGCUCGUGCCUCUGGUGGAGUUCCCAGGGCCAUGGGAAGUUGUGGCCAGGGAUGAUGAGGUUUGUGUGGCUUGCAGUGCCUUUAACACUGCUCUCCGUGUGUUUCUAAGACGAUACUCCAUGUAUGUGUGUAUAUAUAUUGUAUUAACACAUCCCGCUCUUCUGUGUGAGUGUCAAAUGUUUUUGCUUUACUAAUAAAUUUAUAGUUAUUUAUAC